GAACAUGCGGCCAGUGCCAAGUCACACGCAUUCCAACUCGUUUCUACGCGCGCAUCAUCCCAGAGUUACCUGAUUGUCACCACUUGGCCCAUACAGGGAAGCAUGAAUUCCUAAUUAUGUAAAAUUGAUAUAUAGCACCUACAAAAAAGAAAAAAUGUUGAGGAGAACCGUCUCUCAACCGAUUGGGCUUGAUCGGGAUGCCCAGCUUAGCAGCUGUAUGUCAUACGCCUCCAUGCAGAAUUUGACAGUUUAUGCCAGAAACAGAUCAAGUCUUGUGCUUGACAAUGAUUGGACAUCAAUCGUUCAUGAUCAAGCUGAAAGCAGGCAGUGGGAAAAUCAAGGUGAAGGACUUGCAUGGCCACCCAUAGGAAGAGCUGUGGGAUAUGAAGGGCCUGAUCAUGACGAGGUAGAGGUCGCAGAGGAGUGUGAGGCCGUGUACGCGGCAGAGGAGGACGAAGUCUGGAACUCCUCUGACCUGAGCCUGGAGGUGAAGAGAGACAUAGUGGAGCUGCUGCACUACAAGAACCGCCUAAUGAAAACAAAUGGGGAUCUGCAGAAGGCCCUCGAUGCGUGUGAGGACUCAAACGCUCACCUGGAAAUUGAGAACUCUGCCUUGAAGAGCCAGGUCAAAAGUAUGAAGCAGUCCAUUCAGGAUGCUGAGCAAUUGAUGGAGGAGAUGGACGGGAUUCGGGGGGCGCUAGGCGACAGUGAGACGGCCAGCAGUACACUCAGGGCCAGCAUCAGCAAGCUGGAAAAGGAAAAGAAAGCUCUGAUUGACCAAAUUGAUACAAUCGCCAAUGAGAUGUCUAACCUUUUGCCUGAGAGGGAAUUGGACGAGAAGAAAAUAACAAAUCUGAGUCAGCAAGUCAAGGCUUUGCAGCAAGAACUAGAGGAGACGAGAAUGCAACUCGAUGAGAAAACUGCAAUUAUUAAGAGUAAAGACUUUGUGAUCAAUCAGCAAAAAGCCUCCUUAGAGGAGUUUGCUGCCAUGGAACAGACCUUGAAGAGGGCCGUGAAGGACCUGGAAGGCCAGUUGGAACUAGCACUGGUCACUGCAGGAGGAAGUUUCCUGCAUCAAGAUGGAACCGUCUCAGCUGCAACUGAGAACCGUUUCUCUCUAGCAGAGGAACUGGGGCUGAUGCCUGGACUUCCGGAGUUUGAUGAUGAGGGGGAGGAAGAGGAAACCAUAGAGGUUGAGGAAGAGAUUCUGAAGGCAAUUGUAGCGGACCAGAAAGAAGAUUCCAGAGAGGUCAGCCUUGAGAAGGACGUAGUAGAGGAAGUCAAGUUUGAGGACGUGGACAAGGAAGUUGUUCAUGAGAUGCAGGAGGUCACCAAACUCUCGGAUGAGAAAAAUGUCUUCAAACAUGACCAGGCUGAAAAUGUUGAGGUAGAGCAGAUAGGAUUUUGUGCUGCAGAGGAGGGAGAUAAACUACAGCAUCAAAGGCAAAGUGUGGACUGGCUGGGUGAGGCCUACCACAGUUUCAGAAAUGGAGUCCUAGUUGCCUGUGCGUUCAGCCUGGGCGUUGUGCUGCCUCUGAGCGUCGUCAGUGCUGCUCUGCCACCCUACCACAGUGGCUCUGGCUUGGGCUGCUCAGACUUUCUCUGGAGCACAGUUCGCCAAAUCCUGCAGCCCUACUGCAGUGUCCAGCACAGCAGCAUGCCACCAUGGUAAAGGCAACAUGUGGCGAGUUACGUGGAAAACGGAACAUGGAAGCUGUAACAGGACAUUGGCACCCAAAUCUCUCCUCAAAAAAGAAUGGUACAGGUUGCAGUUGCCGUCAUAAUUUGAUUUCUCUUUUGGCUGUUUAAUUUCAUUGUCACAAUAUACUGAUUAUUCAACUAAAAUUAUAUUUUUUUUCAUCUUUUAAUAAGCUUUAAGUUUUAGACACAACUCAUACAUAAUAUUUAUUAACUGAACACAACUAGUCUGGUGCCUGUAUUCAAGUCCAAAUGUGCAUUAAAUAAUAUUGGCAUAAAAUAAAUAAUGAAGAACUGCACAUUAUAGGAUAUAAGGUACAAUUUAUUAACAAGUGCCCUAUAAAACUCGAUGGCCAUGCAAUCCAGAAUGAAUGAAGAAUGUGAGCUAAGGUCUUAUAAAUUCUGCUUGAAUGUGUAAUUGGAACCUAUAUCAGAGAUGAACUUAGCAUGAAUUAAAAAAAAAACCUUCAGUAGCAUUGUUGUAUUAGAUGAAUCUCUAGAAGAGAGAUCAGGCUAUUUAGGCACAAGCCAUUCCUAGCGUCACAAGAGGAGUCGAAACUAGGCUUGUCCAUUCCUAGCGUCACAAGAGGAGUCGAAACUAGGCUUGUCCAUUAGAAGCAUCACAAGAGGAUUAUAAACUAGGCUUGUCCAUUAGAAGCAUCACAAGAGGAGUAGAAAUGCUUCUCAAACCACAUUGAUGGAAGUGAAUGAAAAGUUAAAAAUGGGACUCAAUUAGAAAUAUAGCACUGCUGCCAACAUUGCUGUUCCUCAGUCAACAGCAAGUCAAGCUGGGGGGGUUGAAACGGAACGAAAAACACGAGUCUACCUAGAUGUACAUGAGCUGCAACCAUUCUGAAUACCAGAAUGUUCCGUGACGGAUGGAAAGCAGCGGAACUGGAACUAGAUUGUCUUGUAUUGUUGUUAC